GGGGGGCUUCUAUCUACAACCCCAGCUCCAACCAGGGAAAGGGCAAAGACACUGACCACCUAAACUUGGUCUUUGUCUGUCCUCCCCACUUCAUCCACUGGGACAGAAGUCAUUUAACUGGAAUAACUUGGACUCAAAGAAUUUUUGACUUCCAAAACAUAAGAGAAAAGUGCAUACUGAAGUCUUGAGAAUGGAAAAAGAAGAGUAGUGUUCCCCCUGGUGGCUAAAGGGUUUAAGUUUUCCAUUUAUUCUCAGGACAGGUUGUUCUGAAAUUGGAAAUAAUCAGUGGGAUUAAACCGCGCAGAGAAGCUGAGGAUAUUCAUGACAUUUGUUUUCAUGGCAACAUAAUCUGCAGAAAGGAUUAACUGCAAAAAUAUAUCCAACUUUGGAAGUAUGACUGAAACAGUUGAAGCACGGUCGUCGGUGACCACCACCAUGGUCAUCGACGGUAAGGCCGGAGAAGCUGGAUCACCCUCUGCGGGGAGCAGGAGAAGUUUGACAGAUGAUCUCUACUCUACUUUCAGCUCACCGUUAGCCUGGAUCUUGGUUCUGGCACUAAUCAUAACUUGGUCGUGUGUUUUUAUUAUUAUGUUUGACCUGACAGACUACAAGACCAUUUCAGGAGGUCUCAGCAAGAUCAGCUCAGACCCCAUGAAGACGGUGAACGAGGCUGUGGACAAAUCAACAAACCUGAUCUCUACAGUUUUUAGCUUUGCGGCCAACCUGAUUGCUCCUGAUGAAGAGGAAGGAAAUCUAUAUGCAGUGAGGAAAAAAGGAGAAUUUCUACCAUCAAGAAGUAAAGUUAUUGGAAUGCAAGUAAAAACGACACCACCAGCAAUUGAAGUUGUAGAGGAGGAAGAGGAGGAAGAGGAAAAAGGAGAUGAAGAAGAGGCUGCUGUUGAGGAAGAGGAAAUAGCAGAAGAGGAAGAACAACUUGAAGAGGAAAAGGAAGAGGAAGAAGAGGAGUAUGAAGAGGAUUAUGAUGAAGAAUACGAGGAAGAAUACGAGGAAGAAUACGAGGAAGAAUACGAGGAAGAAUAUGAGGAAGAAUAUGAGGAAGAAUACGAGGAAGAAUAUGAGGAAGAAUAUGAGGAAGAAUAUGAGGAGGAGGAUUAUGAGGAGGAAGAGGAAGAAGAUGAAGGAGUAGACGAAGAGGAGGAGGAAACAGAAGAGGAAGAAGAAGAAGAAGAAGAGACAGGAGGAGAUGAAGAGGAGGGAGAGGAGGAGGAGGCAGGAGGAGAUGAAGAGGAUGAAGAUGAGGAGGAGGAGGAAGAGGGAGCAGGAGUUGAAGAAGAAGUGACGGAGGAAGCAGGAGAAGUAGAGGAGGAGGAGGAGGAGGAGGAGGGAGCAGAAGUUGAAGAAGAAGUGGUGGAGGAAGCAGGAGAAGUAGAGGAGGAGGAGGAUGAAGAUGAGGAGGAGGAGGAGGAGGAGGAGGAAGAGGGAGCAGAAGCUGAAGAAGAAGUGACAGAGGAAGCAGGAGAAGUAGAGGAGGAGGAGGAGGAGGAAGAGGGAGCAGAAGAUGAAGAAGAAGUGGCAGAGGAAGCAGGAGAAGUAGAGGAGGAGGAGGAGGAGGAGGAGGCAAAAGGAGCUGAAAAUGAGGAAGAAGAUGAAGAAAAGGAGGGGGAGGCAGAUGAAGAGGAGGAUGAAAAGGAGAAGGAGGAAGCAGGAGGACUUGAAGUGGAGGAGGAAAAGGAAGAGGAUGCAGGAGAUGAAGAAGAGGAGGAAAAGGAGGAGGAAGGAGGAGUUGAAGAGGCAGAGGAGGAAGAAAAGGAAGAGGUGGCAGAAGAUGACGAAGUGGAAGAGGAAAAGGAGGAAGAGGAGGAGGAAGGAGGUACUGAAGAGACAGAGGAAGAAGAGGAGGAAGAGGUAGGAGUUAAAGAGGAGGAAGAAGAGGUUGAGGAAGAGAAAUUAGAGGUGGAGAAGGAAGGGGAGGAGGAUGAAAAAGUGGAAGAAGACGAAGAGGAGAAAGAGGAGCAAGAUAAAGAAGAUGAAGAGGAGGAAGAGGAGGAGGAUGAAACUGAAGUAAAAGCAGCUGCUGAGGAAGAAGAUGAGGCUAUCACAGCAGAGGAAGAAGAGGGUGAGAUAACAGCAGAUGAAACUGAUGAAGGCAAAUAUGAUGAAGAUGAGAAAGAACCUGAGUCAGCUGCACCAGAACCUGAAGAUGAUGAUGAAGAUAAAUUUAAAGAGGAAGCAGCAGUAGGAGUUGUAGACAAAGAUGAUGAUGAAGAUGAAAAAGAAGAGAAGGUAGAUGCUGCCAGGGAACAUGAUGAUGAAGAAGAAUCCUCAGAGGAACCUGCAGCUGAUGAUGAUGAUGAAGAUGAAGUUUCUCCUGAACCUACUUCCAGCUCUGAGGAUGAAGAGCUGGCUCUGUCUCCUGAUUCUGAAUCGGACGAACCUGUUGACUUCAAAGACAGUGAUGAAGACGUAACUCAGCCUGAUGAAGAUGAUGAAAAAUCUUUAGAAGAAGAUGAUGAAGAUACAACCAGUGAUGAUGCAUUUACUGACACCUCAGACGUCAGUGAAUCAGCACCUCUUUCCAGUGAAGAGGAAAUAGAUGAAGAAGACAAAUCAGCUGAGGAUGAAGAUACUGACGAUGACUUGGUUCUUGAUCUUCCUCCUAUUGCGGUUGCAAGUGAGGAUGAUGAUGAUGAUAAACCUACCAGAGAGGAAGAUUUUUCUCCUCUACCUGCUGCCAAAGACGAUGAUGAAGACCUAGAAGAGGACCUAAAACUAGCGGAAGACACCGAUGAGGAUGCCGAUGAUGAUCUGGACCAAUCGGAUGACGACAUCUCUGUGGCUUCCUCUGAACAGUUUGCAGAUGAUGAAGAUGAAGACGAAGACGACUUUGACAAAGAUGUUGAAGAUGAUCUCGACAAACCUCAUGAUGCCACUCAAGAAGACCUCCAUGAUGAUGAUGAGGAUGAAGUUGAUGAAAAACAGGAAGAGGAAGAAGAUGACAUUCCUCCCUAUGUGAGCUCAGACAGUGGAGUUUUAGGUGAUGGAGAUGAUGACGACAUUUCUCUGAAACUUGAUGAAGACUCCUUUGGAGAGACUGUCCUUAGUGAUGAUUUCUCUUAUGAAACAACUGAUGAAGAUGACACUGAUGAUGAAGAUGUUGAUACAAGUUCACUAGAGCUUGACGAUGAAGAGGAAAAGGCAUUUAUAGAAACAUUUGUUGACACAGAUGAAGACAGAGAUGAAGUAAAAGAUGAAGAAACAGAAUCUUUAGCUGAUGAAGUGGAGGCUGAGGAUGACGAUGAAGAAGAAGAUGAUGAUGAUGAUGAUGAUUUUGAUGACAUCUUGCGGGCAGCUGCCAUUGCAGCAGCAUUAACUUCCCAGGAGGAGGCAGCAGAGACUGAAGCAGAUGAUGCUGAGGAUGGGGAUGAGCUCAUCGAUGCUGAUGAUGAAGACAAAGUGGAGGAGGAAGAAGCAGAAGAAGCUGCUGCUCCUGAGGAGGAAAAGGAGGAAGUUAAAGAGCCAGUGACUGAGCCUCAGAAAUCUGUAGAUGAAUCUGAAGAUAAGAAAGAGGAGUAUGAUGAAGAUGACGAUGAGGAGAAAGCAGCAGUGGAUGUGGUGAAACCUGUACCUGAACCAGAGGAGGAAGCACCAACGGUUGAGCCUGCAGCGUGUCCCUGCAUGCUUUCUGCAAAGACCAGAGAGUCUGCUGGCAAGACUAAAGCUGCUCCCCGGAGGGUCUCAGCUGUGAGACGGAAGAAAGAGCAGGUACUUGUAAAGACAGAGGAAAAGCCCAAGAGAGAAGCUCUUCCUAGAAUUCCAGGGUUGGUGCCAAAAGUCAGAAGAGUCAAAAAGAUCGCUCCUCUUCUCAAAGCUAAGAUAAAGGAGAAGGCCAAGGCUGCAAGAGCAAAGGCAGACACAAAAAAGCAAGAAAAGGCCACAGAAUCUGAACAAGAAGUCAGUCCUUGCAGACCUGCACCAGUUUACUGCCCAUCACCACCUGGAUGGUACGUUCAUCACAUAGUCACAGACAACCCGUACCCUCCUCCAACCAUGACAGCUCCAUCUGCUCCCGUUCUAACUGUCCAUCCGGGAGCUCCUGCAAUACAGCCUCCUUAUCAGCAACAACAACCUCCUCCACUUCUGAUGCAGCCCCUGUAUGCACAGUAUCAGCCCUAUCAGCCACCUCUGCAGCCAGUGAUGCCUCCUCAACCAGAACCAGUUCAGCCUGAACAGCCGGAGGUGUCAGAACAACAAGUUCAGCCUGAGAUCCCGACUCCAGCUGCUGAAGCUCAACCUGCUGAAGCUCCAGUUCAGGAACCAGAGACAGUUGUAGAAGAGGUCCAGACUGCCUCCACCAAGAAAGCUGCAAAGAAGAAAACCAAGGCUGUUGAUUCAGCACAAGAGCCUGCAGCAUCCACAGAUGAAACAAAGAAAGUACCAGCUGCAAAAAAAGAGAGAAGAAAAAUUCAACCUGUGGUGAAGAAAGCUCCUGCAGCUGUAAAACAGACGAGGAAAUCAGUGUCUGAACAUGCAGCAUCAGCUGUCAGGAGGAAAGUCAAAGCAUCUAAAGAAAAGAAAGAUUCAGCUGCAGAGCUUCAUCCACCGCGGAUAAGUCUCAGGACGAGGAUAGAAGUCGGCAAGAGGGCAAAUAUAACAACUCAGGCCAGAGAAGAGAAGCCUGCCAGAUCUUCAUCUGCACCAGCUAAGACAAGAUCAAAAUCAUUGGCAGAGAAAAAAAGCAAAGCUGCAAAGGCUGAAAAGAAAUCUGUCAAAGAAGAUAAAGAGAAACGACCACCACAAGCUCAAGAGCCUGUGGCUGAAGAAAAUAUUACUGAAAAGAAGAAACCAGGCCAGAGAUACUUCCAGUGUGUCUAUGUCCCGGGCAAGAAUACACAGUACCCUUUACGACCAUUCAGCCCCGCCAUGUCCCCCGCCAUGUUGUCCCCUGCCUUCAGGUCAAUGCUGGAGCAGCAGAGAGCAGCCAGGGCAUCGGGGCAGUAGGUUAACCUAACUCCUCGUAACGCCGCAUCUCCCACGUCAGCAGCGGGAGAUGUUUGAUUCUGUGGGAUCUUCUGUCUUGAAGGACAACCACUGGCAGAAAAAAAUGGACAGUACUACUUUGUCUUUAAUUCAUUGAUGUAUUUAUUUAGCGGUUGAGCUCCUGGAUUUGCUGUUAAUAUUUCUUGUUUUCCAGCAUGUGUCACUGUCAUGCCUUGCUUGUGUUUUAGAUAGUACAACCCAUUGUUUAAUGAUUGAGUAAAUAUCUUAUUUAUUAUAAAGGAUGUUUAUAAUGUAGAUAUUGCAGAUGUUUGCAGGUCAGGAUGGAAUAAUGAGUCACAGCAUAUAAGUAUUCUUCUUUUCUCUUAGUCCUGUACUAAACUUUUAUAGAAAAUGUAGCUUAAAAACAAUAAAGAAAAGAACAUUCAUUGAUUUAUAAGAUUGCACAUGACUCCAGUGAGCAUGCUAAUAACGCAAGCCAUUUAACAAUGCAGUGUUAUGAAUCGAUGUCCUGAACUCAACUCUAUUCCCUCCAGUUUUAGAUUUUAAAUAAUUCAAUUUCACAAUGUUGCCAUCGUGACUUUCCAUGUCUGCGUAGCUGUGGCUGCAAAAUAUUAGCAUGCAAAAGUUGGAGAGUCAACUCCCAGGAGCUCCCCACAUCGAUCCCAGCAGCAUCCCUGUCACUGAACAUCCAUCAGGCUCAUCGAUAUGCAGGAGGAAGCUGAUGAGCAAGGAAACGCUCUCCCACACACAUUAGACUGGAUCUAGUUUUAACUGAUGUCCAAUUCACUUUCAUAUGUAUAUUUUUAUGAAUUUAAUUGUUUCACUUUUCUUAGUUUGCAGAUAUACUUCUACAACUUAAAUGUCUUCAUUUUUUCGUCAUGCAACUUUAUAUUAUCCCAAAUAUUGUCCAGCCAACACUGAAAAUAUGGAUAGUAAUAUAAUAAAAACAGGCUUGCUUUGAUCUAAAACUAAACCAAUGGAUACACAUACCCUUUUGCAAAAAAAAGUGUAGAUUAAAAAUAGAAAUAAAAGUUGCUAUAUUUGAGAUCAAGAGGCAAAUUUAUAUGAAAGGCAUCAGAUAAAUUGAGAAAUAGAAAUAUUACCAUAGAUUUGUGUAAAAAUUCCUGAAGAGAAGCUCUCUCCAUUUUAAUUUUGUUGAUGUCCUUCAUAGUUGUUUUUCUAUCCUUGACAUUUGUUUUCUGGUUGGGAUCUGCUGAAUCACAACCACAAGUGAUUAAACCUAAACUGACACCUUCUAGUGACACUAUGUGGCAUUUAUUUAUUUAUUUUUUUUUUUGUGUUUUUUUUUGGGCUAAAAACCAGUUAAGGACACGUCUGAUUGACAUUUCGUUUGCAUCAUUUCAAAAGAUCACUUCAGAUUAGGGUCCUCUUCAAGAUUAAGUAAAUACCUUUGCAUGUUCAGUAACAUGGAAUCUGUUUGGGAUCACUAUAAAAUGACCAACUCAAGAGACGCUGUGAUGUCUGCUACAGUGAAUGAAUGUAAUUUGUGUUCAUCAUCGGCUUCUUACGUAAGACCGAUAUGUUGUUAUAUUUUCAUUUACCUCAGUCCUUCAUGGCUCUGGUUUUGUGGCUCAGCAACAAAGUCGCCUUGUUGGUGCUACAUGACUGUUGCUGAGCAUUACCAGCAAUUUAUUAUCUUGUCUUACUGAAUGGAAACCAGAUUUGAAUGCAAAAGAGCUAAAAUGGGUGUUUGAAUCCAGAUAUUUACAACCCAUACUACCCCGUGAUUGACCGGAGAGUUAAUCUAGUUUAUUCUUUUGUAAUGGUUUCAUAUGAAUGGUUUACCAUCAGUGUUUUCUUACUUGGUGAAGUGAAUUAGAACAUUUAUUGAAUUAGAAACUGAUAGGUAUUUGGGGGUGAUUAAACUUUUGCUGAGUGCUUUGUAAUUCACAUCAUAACAUGCCAAUCUCUUUUCAGGCUUGUCCCCUGAAAAAAUGAAUAUGCAUUGACAAUGAAAGUGGAUCAGUUCUUGAUAUUAUUAAAAGCCACAUAAAGUAAAUGGAAAAAUGUAAAAACAAAAAAAAGAUAGUGAUGUUAUUUAUAUAUGGACACCAAGUUGAUAAUUCAAAGGCAAAUACCAGGAAAUUUUAGCAGCUUUUAAUGACCUAAAGUUCAAUUUCCUGUUGGUCGGCAUUAAUUGCCAGAUAAAGCAAACUGCUUCAUUAUCAGUCCAUCAAGAGUGUAAAUCCUAAUUAAAAGUAGGGUGAUGCACUGUUUGCUGUCUGAUCAAAUUCAAUAAGAUGUUUGCUUAUCAUGGACAGAGCACAUCAGUCAUGGGCUGUUACACACCACAUGUAACCUGAGGCUUGUUGUAAACUCAGGGUUAAGCUGUGAUGGGUUUAAGGAAGCCCUGAAUGUUCUGUUUUCCUGCAGGCUUGAGAAAUCCAAGUGUGAAAAGUUAUCAUGUGUCAGGGCUAAAUGAGAAGUGACAAGCAGUGAAUGUGUGGUGUCCUUUAAAACACACCUUAAAAUGUGGUGUUUACUUUAGGUGUGAAAGAAUCAGUUCUUUUGUUUUUUCAAUUUAUUUAUUUUUAAAGUAUACAGCAACAGUCUGGUUUUUGCCCCUGGGUUGCAGGGACUCUAAAAAUGUAUUAAAAUAGAAGAUGGUAAUUAUACUGUACAGCUGUAGGUUUAUGCUGUUACUUUGUUUUUAAGUAUUGUUAUUGUUGAUUUAAUGUAAGUUAGGGAUCGAUUAUAAUUGCAUAGAAAGACAAACCUUAAAAGGAACAUGAAGCAAUCAGACAUCAAUCUAAUCUGAUGUAACCACUGUGUUUGCUGAAUAUUUAAUGUCUUCAUACAUAUUCACGUGAACGUUGAGGUGGAAAAUUGGGUCAAAGCUUGAACACCCCCUGGGUUUAAACAUGUGUUUGAUUGAUGCCGUUAAAAUCAAGUGACUUGCUUUUUGUUAUGCAUGUUCUGUUAAAAAGCUGCUAUGUGACGUUUGUAUGUUUUUUCACUGGGCUACACUUGGAUGAUUUGAUGUCCUUUAAUUUUCUUCUGCUUGUUUGGAAGUUUUCUGUAACCACUGCUAUGCAUAAACUUCAUCAUAUUUAUUGGCCUGUAUCCUCUGGGCAGACAAAUGUUAGGGCUAUUAGGGCUAUCAGACCAGUGAAAACCUUCAAUAAGGCUGCUCAGCGGUGAAAUCUCAUACAUAUGUAUAUAAUUUUAAUUUACAUAAUAAUUCUCUUAUUAAUGCAACAAUUUCGUCCUCUUCUUACUAACCAACAGCUUUUUUUUGCUGAGCUUUUAACCUCUGGAACAGACCGUUGAGCUUAGUUUAGGAAUCGGUGCUUGGAUUGUUAGAGUUAAAUCAUGCACAGAGAUGUUUGUGCAAAUCAUUUGCACAGGUUUAACAGUUUUAUAUAGUAAUAAAUUCAUAGAAGCAGAAUAGAAACUGGAUGGAUUUUGCAAGAAAAGCAUGAAUCAGAAAAUGUCACAUGAUUGCACAUUGCACACUGGUCCAUUAACUCCAUAACUUCUUAUAUCCUUCAGGACCUUGUGGUUUGUGACAGAAUAUACAUCAGAAUUAAACUUUUAUGAGUUGUACUUCCCUCUGUCUGCCUGUAGAACUGAUAGUUUUAGACAAUACCCUUAUUUAAGGGCAUAAGCAAGCAAACUAUUUGGUCAUUUGGGUUAGAGUACUUGGACACAUAAAUGUGAUUCUGUUAGAAUAUUAAACCAUGGGUAUAAUAUCUCACUGUAUUUGCACCUCCAAAGCCGACUAACAGUACAUCUAAUUUGUUUUAUGCUACACACAGUUUAAAAAUUAUAUUGUUUUGUUUUCAGUUUUGCUAAACUAGGCUUACCAUCUCCUGUACAUAACAACACACCAAUUGGGAAGUGAUAUGAAUCCUCUCAUUUAAAUCCCAACAUUAAAAGGAAAAUUAUAUCUUUUGCCAAGUUGUCAUCUAGUACCUCUAACACGUAAAUGCUACACAUGUAGUCACACAUGUUAUUGUUUCUGCUUGUUUAAAUGAACAUGAUCUAACAAACUACCAAAGAUGGAUGUUUGCAUGAUGGUUUCUAUAGUGACUAGCAGUUUUUAAAAUUAAAGCAUAGCUUAGUUGUUAAAAAAUAACAAAUCAUGGUCAUGCUAAUCCCAACAGAGAAUCCAAAUGCUAGGAUCAUGCAAGAAGUGAAACACCAGAAAGAAGUUUGCUGCAGUUGCUAGAACUACACAAUAUAUAUAAAUUGGAAUUACUCAGUUGUUACUCUUCAUAUUUUCAUAUGUUGACUUAAUAAGCUGUCCCUUAGACAGUUACCCAGGUUUGUUUGUGUUAUGACACUGACAGUAUUGGUCAAAGGUAAUAAAGAAAUCCGAAGGGAAAUAAAACAAUUGCUUUUAUCAUUGCAGCAAUAAAAGUGAAUUCAUUGUUGAAAGUGCAAACUAGAAUAAUGGUUAAUUUGAUCUGUAACUAAUAGCCUUUACUUUAAGGUUGUUUGAUUCAUUUAGAUGUAUCACUUCUUUUUUAAUAAUGUGUAAUUUUUUAUGCAUGAUAAUGCAAUUUGAAUGAUUCUUGUUGUGAUUCACAGUUUUAAUUCACUUCCAAGUGAAUAUCACUCCAGUGUAAAACACAACUGGUUGCAGUCACCAGGUGUUACACAGUAGUUUGUUUUAUUUGUUGAACUUGUUAUUUGUAGUUUCACUAGGUCCAGUAAUUGAAAAGCCAUACUAUGUAUUUCAGUUAGAGGUGACAUGUUUGUGUGUUUAUGGUUAAGAAUAAUAACAGACUGAUGAGAACAAUUACUAUGACUCUUUCAGAAAAAGUCAGUGUAAUCUUCAUGUUGAAUGUAAUAUAAAGCAGAUGAAAUGGUUUAAUGGGGCAGGCAGCCUGAUUCAGUCACAUCUAAGGAGCUAAUUAGAUGCCACAAGUGACAUUCAAGCUGUUGAAAUGUCACCAUGCUGAGAAUGUCUGCUGAGUAAGAUGUUUAACGCAUUCACCACAAUGCAGUUUUUGUUUCUGAACUUGAAUAAACAUUUGCAGAUA